GCUUUUGGUGUGGAAUUUCCGCCCCGUGAAGAAAACAGUGUACCGUUAUUCACUCCACCGCAGACCCAUCCAAUUGUUCACCCUGAAGCUUCAACAUAUGAAGAAACUGCAGUCCAGCUCUCUCUUGAAUCUGAUCAAUCUGGACUUAGUCUGGUGGAGAUUCAAAAUGCUCAGGGUGUAGUAGAUGUUUUGACGGAGAUGCUUAGCGCAUUGGAUCCUAAGAACCCUCAGAGUGUAAAAGAAGAGGUGAUUAUAGACCUUGUGGAACAGUGUCAUUCUUUCCAAAAGCGAGUCAUGUUUCUCGUGAACAGCACUCUAGAUGAGGAGCUUCUUUGUAAAGGGUUGGCACUUAAUGACAAUAUACAACGGGUUCUUCGUCUUCAUGAUGAUAUUGCAGAGGGAACCCCCUCUGUCACGUUAGCAACAAAAGAAACCCCUGUUGCACCCCUCAUGAAUACGAAUGAUGAGGAUGAAGAGUCAGAGGAUGAUUUUGUUCAAUUAGCCCGCAGGUCCUCCAGGGAUACAUCGCAAGGGCAUGAAUGGAAGCCCAUUGACGUGAAAAAUGAACCAGUCCGGAUGAGUACAAUUCUCCCCCCACCACCUUCAUCAUGGAACCCUAUUUCUUCUACUGAUGCUGCUGGAAUGAUUGAUUACCUAAGUGGCGACACAUAUCAGUCUGUAACUACUUCUGCUAUGUCUGCUGGUCUGUCAAAUGAUUCAAUCCCACCACCACCUCCCAUAUCAAGUCCCAAGCUCUCUUCUUCGCCCCCUUCUGAUGAUUUCAUCAAUCCCACUGCGGAUGAAUUCCUCAACCCCACUGCAUCUUUAUUUGGUGCAAAGUCUGAUCACUGCGAUAUAGCCCCAAACCCCAAAUCUGAUGCGGAUCAGUCACCUUCGGCUCUGUGGGGUGGUGCCCCCCUUGCCACAAACCUCCCACCACCACCUGCCAGAUAUAACCAGAGGCAACAUUACUUCGAGCGUCAUCUAUCUACUGGCAGUACAUCUGAUUCCAGUACUAUGGGAUCAACCUCUUAUGACAGCUUGGCUGGGCAGACCAAGAAUCUCUCAAUUUACCCACCAAACCCAAGCAAACAAGUGAAAGCGGAGGACGUGCUUUUUAAGGAUCUGGUAGACUUUGCGAAGACCAAAUCCUCGCCAUCAAAACCUAGGUAACAGACCUCUUUGAGCAACUAUAGCGGGCAUAUAUGAGAUUGAGUCAUUGGUGUGGCCGUCCGGUACAGUUUGGAGUGCUGUCACCUGCGCUUGAUAUUUUCUAUUGUUACAAAUGAGAAUCCUGAGCAUGUGUUGCUCUUUGUUGACGAAACUGUUUGCCUGUGAAUAUUACCUGUAUGUUUGGCAUACAUCGCUCUACAUCUGGGGCGUAUAUCUCAACAUAAGAAUUGAAGUUCUUUUAACGACCAUUUGUUUAGUUUAUCGUUAUGGAAUGUUUUUUGGCAUGUCAUCAUUACCGAUAUUUUGUUAUGAUUUAUGUCAUGGAUUCAUGGGUAUAUUUUGUUUGUUUGAUAGUACUGGAG